GAUGUCUCAUAAAGAGCCUUGAAAGCUCCUGGACCAAACGAUCUUCCUUUGAUUUCCUUGUAUCCUUCGACCUGAUUCUGCGUGACCGUUCACCAUUUGGCCACCAUGAAAGCCCACCUUCUUGCAGUGUUCGUUUCAUUGUCUGCGGUCUCCUUCGGAGCCCCUCAUCCAAACCGUCUGGAAGCGCGCCAGAAGGAUGUCACCUUCACGAUAACUUGCCUUGGGCCUAAAUGUACUGACUACCCUCCUACGACUAUUCGCAUCCCCACAACCAUUCCUGGCGGAGGACCGCAACCGCCUAAAACCACCAAGGAGCCAGAGCAGCCAUCCACGAGCAAGAAACCGAGCUCUACGAGCAAGUACACGCCUCCUCCAGAGACCAGCAAGAAGCCUAGCACUACGAGCAAAUACACACCGCCGCCAGAGACCAGCAAAAAGUCCAGUACGACGACCAAGUACACGCCGCCACCAGAGCCGCCUACCAAGACGAUCAAAUCAACCCAAAAACCUACCAAAACAGAGGGUGGAGAGGUUGGACCAAGUAGUACCAGAUGUCCUGUACCAUUGUAUUAUCAAUGCGGAGGAUAUUAUGAUGGAGUUCCUUGGACUGGAUGUACCAAGUGUGUGAGCGGUGCUAAGUGCGUUGUUCAAAAUGAAUGGUAUGAUCAAUGUGUUUCCAUCGACUCUCUCGCCGAGGGAUUUGCGGAGGCUCCAGGGGUAAUUAGGUAGAUCGGGAGAGUAGUAUGGAACUUUCCUUGUGCUAUUGCGAUUAAAGCAUAGCAACGAUGCCAAAGAUCAAUGAAAUUGACAAGUCAUG